CACUUGUUUGCCUUACUUGCAAAAGUUUGAGUAUGGUGGAGAUGCUACAGAUGGAAAAAUUAUGGAAGCUCUAUCAAUGAUUUGCAAGAAUCUUGAUACUAUUGAAAUAAGCUUUUCUUCAUGGCAAAGGAAACAUGUAGAUCCGAUGAUGAUGUUAAGUCUUUUGCAGGCUCAACAUUCUUUGAAACGUGUGGUUCUUCGACGUGGUGGAUCAAAUUGUCUUCCUGUGUUAAUAGAGGGCUUGAGAUGUCAAGCAAAUUCUUUAAAUUAUUUAGAAUUUAACGGAGCAGAUUUUCGAAUUUCAGUUUCGCUUGAUGCUUUAUCAUAUUGUGUUAAUCUUGAAACGUUAAUAUUUGAUCGGUGCCUGGGAUUAUCAGAUGAUAUCGUAGAACCUUUAUCAACAGCGACAUUUAGUCGACUAAAGAAAUUUGUGUUCAGGAAAAGUAUUGGUUUUCGAGAUUUACGUACAAUUUUGGCACCUGCGGGUCAAAAUAUCCCACCACCUAAUGUACCUUUUCCUGUGGUACCAUUGCCAGCGCAAGUCCCACUACUACCUGCAAUUUCACCAAUACAACCAAGACGAACAACAAUUAAUCAUCCACUUGCAAUGAUGAUUCAAAAUACUGAUGGAAAUUUACAAGAUAUUCGAUUAGGAAAAAAAGUUUGGAAUGUUAGACGACCAUUAGGAAUAGUUGCAAGAGGUGUAGGAGAUUUUCCACCACCAACGGUUCUUUCGACGAUUUCAAUGUAUUGUCCCAAAUUGGUAGUAAUUGAGACACACGUAAGCAGAGAAACUCUACCAUAUUUUCAAUCGGUUCUUGAUACGUGCACACAUAUAGAACAAAUGCAUAUAUCGAUUGGAACCGAAUUAAUGGAUGAUGAAGUAUUUUGGAAAGACAUGGCACUCAGGUUACCCUUAAAAUUAAAAAAUCUAAUGAUCGUUAUUGAAGGAACAUUUUGGUUAAUGGUACUACAUUGGCUAUUGGGAAAUUGCAAAGCGCCUUUAGAGUUAUUACAAUUUCCUAGAAGUAAUUGUAUUGAUGAUGAAUAUCUGUGUAUAAUUACACAGUAUGCAAAAAGGAUUGGAACGUUAAAGCGACUAGCGCUGGCAAGACGUACAAGAGUUACUUCAGAAGGGAUGAGAAGAGCAUUGUUGGUUUUAGAAAGCGUUACUAAAACCGGUGAGUGGGUUGAUAAUGAUGAUAAUUUGAGAUAA